CUCGCGUGGCGCAGUCUAACGACGGGAACGUACAUCAGAGUACGCGUCGCUGUGUGCGUGUUGCCUCUCGACAGCGGUGCUCGUUUCUCGCCGCUCUGCCUCGCCGAAUCGAGGGUGCUGGUGCACACCAGAGUCGAGUGCAACAACUGGCAAAAUGAAGAUGGCGGACGGACCCACGAUCCUGCGAAGAAACAGGCCCGGAACAAAAGCAGAGGACUUCAGUAGGUGGCCUGAUGAGCCGUUCGAGGAAAUGGAUAGCACACUCGCUGUACAACAGUACAUUCAACAGAUGAUCAGAAGAGAUCCAUCCAAUAUUGAUUUAAUACUUAAUAUGCCGGAGAAUAACGAUGAGGGUGUGUGGAAGUAUGAGCAUCUCAGGCAGUUCUGCAUGGAGCUCAAUGGCUUAGCGGUGAGAUUGCAGGAAGAAUGCCAUCCUGAAACAUGCACACAGAUGACAGCCACUGAACAAUGGAUAUUUUUGUGUGCUGCGCAUAAGACUCCCAAAGAGUGCCCUGCUAUUGAUUACACUCGACACACACUGGAUGGAGCAGCGUGUUUACUCAACAGCAACAAGUAUUUUCCCAGCAGAAUCAGUAUUAAGGAAUCUUCCGUAGCAAAAUUGGGUUCUGUCUGCCGUAGGGUUUACAGAAUCUUCUCUCACGCAUACUUCCAUCAUAGAACGAUAUUCGACGAAUUUGAGAACGAGACUUUCCUUUGCCGCAGAUUCACUGCUUUUGUAACAAAAUACAAUUUGAUGUCGAAGGAUAAUUUGAUAGUACCUAUUAUGGAAGGCGAUGGCGCAACGGAAAGCGAAGCAUAGGACUUAACGAUGCGGUCGUAUUGCCCAAAGUCGAAUUGCCAGAUUUAGUAAGAGGAGCUGAUAAUAAUCACACGUUAUUCCGUAUGGGGUCAGUAAAAACUCACUCUUGCUUGAAUAGUGUGAAUUUCUUAUGAUCUUUUAUAUCUGUCCCCGGCACCAUUAAAUGGGAAAUUUUUCUCGAUGAGUAUUUUGAUAAUUGUUAAUAAUUUCUCGAUAGUUUUGGGUUCUCGAUGAUAACUCUAUGGAUGUAACGUGGAGUAUUUCUCGCGUCCAUAUCUUUCGUGUUUGUCCCCUUCAUUAAAAGUCUCUGAACGGUCGUUAAAACGAUAUGAGAAUUUAUUAAAACUAUUGUCGAGUUCCCGAAAACACGCUACGUGGUAAUUUAAAGCAUGUUAAUAAUAUAUCAUAUUUGAAGUACGAUGUUACAAAACUUUUAACCCUGUGCCGUCGAAGUUACUACUGGCUACUUCCCGCGGAUGGAAGUGUCUCAUUCUAUCUCUCAUUCUAUAUUUUGAAUGUAUAACGAUUAGAUUUACUAUUCUGUAAAAAGAUUACGUCUCUAUGCAGGGUGUCUGAAAUCUUUUUUACAAUAAUUUGUGGGAAAGUAGAACGAAUUAAACGGAACAGAAAAGCUCAAUAGUAUCUUUUCAUUUUUCUACUUCAGCUUACAAUGCCAGAAAGUUCUUAACUUAUACUUUAUUUUUAUUUUACAUUUUUCCUACACUUCCUUUUUUUUUUCUUUUCGCCACUUAUCCUACUUAUUUCUUAUCCUAUUCCUUUUCUUUUUUCCUUUUUUACUUUCAUAUCCUAGAUAUUUCUUAACAUAUACUUUGGCAAAUUCCAUCCUUUGGAUUUCUUAUCCUAUAUUCUCGGAGGUUUGCCAUGCCUUCCGAAAGGAGUGCGAGCAUAAAGAAAUUUUUCCGUUUCUAUGACGUACACUAGACUAGUGUACGGCCUGCUGUGCUACGCUCGCACUUCAAAAAAGCUCAGUAUUAUUUUGCAAAAUUCGCAGUAGUUAAUGAGGAAUUAAUUAUUUUGUCUGAGCUAUAUAAUGAGCGCACAGAAAGCGGCAGCCGAAAGAAAGAGAUCUUCGGCCGGCGCGCGACCGUGACACUCGCGAAUCGCUACGUCCCCCUGCCCAUAGUUAUGAGACACAGCGAGGCUUGAUACACUAACACAUGUGUAUGAUAUAUCCGUGUGCCGAAGCGUGUCAAAAGCUGUUACUUUUCUGUCGCGACGAUAAGAGGACGAAAGAUAAUUAUCUUUCGACAUACGAUCCUGUAUUACACGCCGUGUCAACUCUACGUACACGUAUGUUGCCGAAACGGCGACACGUUUCGAUUCAGCAUCGAUUCGAUACACGGAUGUCAUGCAUAUGUGUUAUAGCGAAUUCGGUAGCUUGCACUAAUGCGUACUGAGGCUUAGUAUAAUAGUAAUAGUACAUUCUUAUAUUUAAGAUCAGACAAAAUAAUUAAUUCGUCAUUAACUAUUGCGAAUUUUGCAAAAUGGUAUUGAGCUUUUCUGCUACGUUUAAUCCUUUCUAUUUUCCCGCGAAUUAUUGUAAAAAAGAUUUCACCCUAUAUAUUGAAAUGUAUGUAAUGGAACAAUAUAUUGUAUAAUUCAUAACUUUCAUUUAUACUUAGUUACGUAAGCCAGCGAUUGUUUGUAAUUUCGGGAAGUAUUAUUCUGUCGUGUACGAUAUCCUAAAAAUUAUAUUUAUCAACUCUAUACUAAUGUCGGAUUAUGAUUAUGACCUUACGUCUGUCGAAAUUAGAACGUUUCUAAUUUGAGAAAUGAAAAUUAUAUAGACGGAUCUUUUAACGUUACAUACGUUGUUAGCUGAUAAAGAGAUUCAAUUGAAUCGAGGACGUUUCUCUAACGAGCUAUGUUAUUUUAUACUAUCUCUAAAAAGUUGGCUUUUUGCAAAACGAAAAAUGUCUUUCAACCUGAACACAUUGACCAGACUGUACUUAUCACGUAAUUACUUUUUUUUACCAUAAGAUUUAAGAAAUCUAAUUUUAAAUCAUGAUUCUUAUAAACGUUAUAAACGUAUUAAAACGGUUAAAACAAAAUCCCGUUACACAGAGAUUUCCGACAAGCUGAAAGCUUCGAACGUUUGUUGUCAGUGUGUAUACUUGAUGAUACCAAGAAAGAAAGAGAGAAAGAGUACGAAUUUAUAUAAACAAUUGUAGAAUUUUACAUUGCAUUACUGUAAGGACAAAAAAGUGUUGAUUUAAAAUGAUUGUAGUAAAUGUCAUCAUGUAGUUGA